GAUUUAAUAUGGCUGCAGCACUCUGGUAAGAAUUCAUUCAUGCAAGCUAUUCCACAAAUUCUAAAUCAACAUGAAACCGUGGAUGACUUGUUUUUUUGCAUUAUAGAGCAGGAAGGCUUUUGAGAGCGCAGAGAAUACGAAAAGGACAGAAAGUGUGGAGCUCCAAAAAGCUGCAGGGGAAGUAGAGCUUAGUCAACUUAAGCAACGUAUCCAAGAACAGGAGGCUCUACUGGGUGAAAGACAAGCACAGAUGGAAAAGUUGGAAGGAGAAGUAGUGACACAACAGAAGACAAUCGAUGAUCUAACCUUUCAGAAAUCACAGCUGGAGCAUGACGUUAAUCAGUACUGCACCAAGUUCGAAAUAGCGGUAAAAGACAAAGCUGCCAGUGAGCAGGAAUUAAAUCAUGCAAAGCAGUUAAUUGAGCAGUCAGAGGCCAAGGCGUCUUUGGCUCAGAAGAAACUAGAAGAGCUGUUAAAGAAAAUGAAUGAUGAACAAGAUGUUAAGAAACAGAGCCCCAAACUUCAGAGAAAGAUGGCGGAAGUUAUUGAGGAACAGGUGCAAAGUGAAGUCCAGGUUAAAGGAAAUGAUUUGGCUCAGCAGCCUUUGUCAUCUAGCAGUCAGCAGACAGUCGCCAGUGAGUCUGAGUCUCCUGCAAUCAGAGAGAGUGACAGCAUGAUGGCAGAUGCCCUGCAGCAGAAAGUAGAGGAACUAGUCCUGGUCCAGAAAAGAGCAGAAGUGGCUGAGGAGAAAGCCCAAAGCUAUAAAAAGCUGUUGGAUGACAGUAAUAACAGAGUGAAGAAACUGCAGAUGGACAUGGAAAUGGAAAGAAACAACAUGAGACAGAAAUUAGACGAUAUCCAGCAGGAAGCUCAGACCAUGAAGAAAUGCACCAAUGAACUCCAAGAGGAAAUAAGAUCUCUUGUAAGAACAAAGUCCUCAUUGGAACAAAGUGCUUUUUUCCAAAGCACUGAAAUCGAAGGUCUUAAAGAGCAAUUGAAGAUCACCCAAGGAGAGCUGCAAAAGAAAAGCACGAUCGAGCAGGAACACAUUCACAAGAUUAACAAUCUAGAGGAAGACGUAGGUUCCAAGCAGGCAGUGGUAGAUCAGCUGAAGUUUAAAUGCAGUGAGCUGACAAGGAUGAACGCAUCGUCUGACAGUGAUAUUAGAGGUCUUCAGAUCCAAGCAGAGUCACUUGAAAGAGACAGAUCAAUUUCUGAACAGAAGAUCGGGUCUUUAAAGAGUGAGAUAGAGAGCUGGAAACAGCAGCUUCAAACAGCUAGAGAUGAAAACAAUUUAAUGAAGAGAUCAGAGCAGGCGGGGCAGCUCAACGCUAAAAACCUUGAAGCAGAACUUCAAAAAAGUGAAUUGGUUGCAUCUCAGUUGCAGAAAAGGUUAGAUGAGUUGAAACAGAUCAAUACAGAGAUGGAAAAUAAUCUGAAGAAUGUAAAAGCUAAACUCGAUCAGGUGACGGUGGAAAUCGACAGCAAGGAUCAGCAAAUAAAAAUCUUUAAGUCUCAGGCGGAGGGCACCAAAUCACAGGUUAGAAUUAUUGAGGAGGAGCUAAAUAAGAAAUCUCAGACUUCCUAUGAGCUUCAAAUGAAGAUACAGGAUUACAGCGAGGAGGUCAGGAAAUUGACUGAACUGCAGCAGACGAUCACUGCACUCAAUUCAAAAAUUGCCAAUUAUGAGAAAGAAAUAACAAGUCUGAAAUCAGAGCUGAAGUCAAUGUUUGCUGAGAAGAAUUCCGCAAAUCAAAAGAUCCAAAUGCAGAGUGCUGAAAUUAAUGAGCUGAAUGUAUUGUUAAAGAAAAGAAAUGCAGAGCUGCAAAAAGAAUCUGUAGAAAGUCAGAGACAUCUCAGUAAGGCCAAGGCAUUAGAAGAUGACCUUUUCAAACAUAAGGACAAUAUUAAAGGGUUAACUAGCAGCUCAGAGAAAGUGACAGAAAAGCUAAAACUGGAGAUGUGUGCUCUUCAGAACGACAAGAGAGCAACAGACAGGAAGGUAGAGAGCCUGAAUGUUAAACUCUCAGAGCUUAACUCCUCCCUACAAAGAGCUAAAGAUGAGCUGUUGAAAGAGACGAGAGACAGAAAACUCAAAGAAUCUAAAAUAUUGCAGAUGGAGGCUGAGCUGCAGAGAAAUAAAGCAACAAUGAAAGAAAUCACGUCGAGUUCUGACAAAUCCAGAUCAAAUUUACAACACGAAAAUAUUAUCAACAAGAGGGAGAAAGCUGAGGCGAUAGAGAAAAGCAUUUCAAUGGAAUCUGAAGUCAGAAUACUGAAAGAAAAGCUGCAGCACAGUCAGAAAGAAGCUGAACAAAAGCAAAAAGAAAACGGUGUCCUUCAGCAGAGGGCCAAGCAAAUGGAAGAGCAACUUGAGAAGUGCAAGAAAAUGCUAGAGGAGUUGAAAAGUAAACUAGAACUACAGAAGGAGGGCUAUGAGAAGCAGCUAUUGAUAGUUCAGACUGAAAUAGAGAAAAAACUUAUUUUGCUUAAAUCUGAAAUGUCAAGUGACAGUGGACCAAAACAAUCACAUAGCGCCGAAUUAGCAGAGAUGCUGAACAAGUAUUUCAAACAAGAUGUCAAACAGAUAAAAACAGUGCAUCAAACCAUCGUGGAGACGACGCAACAAUCGGACCAACAGCUGCAACUGCAGGUCACAAUAGACAAAUUGCAGCAAGAAAAAACGAAGCUCGGACAGGACCUCUCAAAGGCAAAGUCCCAAAUUUCCCAGCUUGAGGAUGACAGACUUAGACUCAACACAAAAGUAAGCGCCUUACAAAGCUUUUGCAAUGAACAAUCAAAGGAGUCAGCUAAGCACUCAGACAGCGAGUGGAAACUGACAGUAAAGGAAAAAGAAGCGAGAUCUCUUCGGGAUCAAAUCGAGUCGUAUGUCAAAGAGGUGAAAACUCUUCAGGAAAAGCUUCUGACGCUCGGGGUCAGGAUGAAGACUGAAAACGAGAGGGCAAACACAAAGGAGGUCAUAGAAACCACUCGUCACUAUGUGAAAGACAACGAGGCCGCGAAGACGGAACAUACAGUGAAGCAGAAGAUGACAUCAUUGUAUGAAAAAUACAACCUGGAGGACGAGAUUCUCAAAAUGAAAGUUUCCUCAGAGAUGGCAACGAAGGAGAAAGACAAUAUUCUUGACGGACUGAAACAAGUCAAACAAGAAAAAAUGGAAGUCAGUCACACCCAAAGCCUUCAUGAUUCACCAACAAAGAUUACGUCAAUUUACCAAACUCCCACUCUCAUACAAAAAGAUGUGCAAAGUGUGACCUAUAAGAGCCCGAUCAAACCUGAUGAGCCCAUGUCUGUGACAACACAUGGAUACAUGGCUCUGUGUGGACUGACGGACCAAAAGCCAAGUGAAUCAAAAAGCAUCACCAGGACAAGAACGUAUCAUAUCAAAGAAAUAUGCGAAACUGUAAACGCAUCAGACGGAGAUGGAAAACUGAGUGCGAUGUAUUCAACUUCCCAGAAGCUCCCAGAACUCAAAGGCAACACAUGUAUCCAAAACCUAGUCAAGUUUAAGCUUUUGGAUGAAGAGGUUUGGCGGAAGUACGAGAUGGGUCUCAUCACGAUGGAAGAGGUGCAAGCAGCGGUUGCUCAGUUCACUGGCAAACCAACUACUAUUGCUGGGGUUUAUGUGGAGUCGAGUAAGAAAAAGAUAUCUUUUCUUGAAGCUGCAGAGAAGGGCUUCUUAGCCAAGACUUAUGCUCUUGAGUUCCUGGAGGCUCAGGCUGCAACAGGAAGUCUCACCGAUCUGUCCACAGGGCAAACACACACAGUCGCUGAGGCUCUGGAGAGAGGUAUAAUAGAGACUGGCCUGAAAGAUAAACUGACGGAGGCUGAGAAAGCUGUUACUGGCUACAUUCAUAAGGGCAAAAAGCUGUCUCUGUUCCAGGCAAUGGAGGAAAGGGUUCUCGAUAAGUACAGAGGCAGGAAGAUUCUUGAGGUCCAGGUGGCCACUGGGGGGCUGAUCAACCCAGAGAUUGGUGUCAGGGUGCCGGCUGACAUUGCUGUUGAUCAGGGUCUUUUGAACAAGGAGAUUCUACAGAGUCUGCACGAUCCAGUCAGUAACCCCAAAGGUUUCCACAAUCCCGACACCGGGCAAAAAGCAUACUACGCCGAUAUACUGAAGACGUGCCUUUAUGACAUCGACGGUGGUUUGUUUCUCUUCCCAUUCGGUGAGAAAAAUUUAACAAACACCUCUCCCACGAGUUCUCAUAGAGUGUCUGUCAUCAGCAGCAGCUGUGGCGUGGAAAUGUCAGCGUAUGAAGCCUUCAAGGGGAGGUACAUCGACAAGAGGACGUAUCUGUUUCUGUCGAAACAGGAAAGUGAAUGGCAGGAAAAGACAAAAGAAGACGCCAAUGGAACCACGCUUCACGUCAUCACUGACGUCAAAAGCGGCCGACAGCUUUGUCUCGAAUCCGCUCUGAGUCAGAGGUUUCUUGAAAUAUCUGAGCUUGAAAGCUAUGGCAGUGGGCUUCUUAGCAUCUGUGAGAUUGCAGACAUCAUAUUUUCAAGAAUGGUGGUUGUGGAGGAUGUUAACAGCCCCAUCGCUGGUCUCUGGGACGUCAGUCGGAGGAAGAGGCUGUCAGUUCUUCAGGGUUUUCAACAAGGCUUCACUGACAGAAUCACUGCAUUAAGGCUGCUGGAGGCCCAAGCCUGUACCGGAGGCAUUUGCGACCCCUCUUCUGGGGAGAAAGUUUCUCUCUCGGAGGCUCUAAAAAGAGGUCUUUUAGACGAGGCAUCAAAUCAGCAGCUCCAGCUGUUUGAGCAGGCAUUUAAUGGCAUUGUUCACCCCAAGACCUCAAAGACUUUGUCCGUCUCUCAGGCCAUCCAAGAAAAUCUCCUCCCCAAGGAUGCUGGUUUCCGCUGUAUUGAAUUCCAGCUCCUGACUGGAGGAUUGAUAAACCCCGACACUCAUGACAGAGCCUCCCUCGAGGAAGUCAUUCAGAGCGGCCUUGUUGACAAAGCUACAGCGUCUGCUCUCAAAGAUGAGAAAUUCCACACCAAAAGCCUCACCUGUCCGAAGACCAAGAGGAGAAUCACGUUCAGGGAGGCGCUUGAAAGAAGUGUGUACGACUGCCACACGGGAUUACGGUUACUGGAGGCCACAAAGAUUCUUGGCUUUGGAGCCAAAUCAACAUUUCAUUAUGUUUGGGCAUAUAAAUAAAUAUAUGCUUGCUCAUGGCAUAAAAGCUAAACUUGCAAAUAGUAUUUCCUUUGUUCUGGAUGUAAAGUUACCUUGACUUCACAGCUAAAUGUCUUUUUUUUUGGUUUAUACACAUUUUAUACAGUGGUUGAAACAACUAACAAUAGUUCCUGAGCUUUGGUGUUUUUUAGUCUGAUUAUUAAUCUAUUUUGGCAAUUCCUCUCCUUUUUAGGAUUCCGCCCUCGGGUGUUUUUGUUUAUUUCUUUCUAACAAAGUUAACAAUCUUGUCAAAAACCCAUCUGUUUCAA